GAGCUCACCUCGUGAAACCGCGCCGGGUAUUCGGGUAUUCCAUGGGAAAGGCUGCGAGCGAAAGGGUGACUCCGAAGCGCACCACGCUCACGCGGGUCAUCAACAUGGACCGGGACGACGACGCGGCGCCGUCGCGGCUUCCGCGCCUUGUUCACAUGGUGUCGGCGCCAAAAGCCAAGCGCAUUUCGUUCAACAUUUGGAAGCAAGCCGAAGUGCUGCCCGCGACAAACCGCGUCUCGCUGCGCGUGACGGCCGAAGAGCGCAAGAAGCUCGUGCAAGGCGUGACAGCACCGCCGCCCCGCUUCAUGAUCUACCCUGACUCCACACUGCGGCUUUCUUGGGACUCGUUGAUUGCGAUUGCGACGGUCGCCCUUGCGUGGCGGCUGCCGUACAGCCUUGUCUUUGAAGCCAACAUGGACACGCCGUCCUGGACGCACAUUUUCGACAUUGUCAUUGACGUAGUGUACAUCGGCGAUGUCGUCAUGAACUUUCGCACGGGCUUUCGCCACGACAUUGAGAUUGUGCUCGACCCGAAAAAGGUCGCGCUCCACUACGUGACGACAUGGUUUUUCAUCGACUUUGCCGGCGCCAUCCCCUACGAAUUAAUGUUUGACGCGGGCAAGGGCGUCGAGCGCGUCGCGGUCAAGACGUCGCUCAAGUACCUCAAGAUUCCGAAACUCUUUCGUUUGGCGCGCGUCAUCCGCUUUGUCCGGAAACACCUCGAAUUCAUGUACACCUUUCAGCUGCUCCUGCUGUACGUCUCGUGCGUGCACUGGAUCGCGUGUGUGUGGGCCUCGAUGGCAAUGGACACGGACAACAGCAUGAUCGACUUGGAGCCAUUUACACGAUACGGCAUCUACCUCUAUACGUCUACGAGCCUCCUGCUCAACAUGUCCCCGGUCACAACGAUUGCCCCCGAGCACUACCUUUACGCCGCGAUGCUUUCGUUCGCGGGGUUUUGCAUGAUGGCACUCAUUUUUGCAAGCGUGACGGCCAUUUACAUUCGGCACACGUCCCGCGCGUCCGAGUACCAAGCCAAAAUCAAGACCGUCAUGUCCGACCUCAAGGCGCUGCAAGUGCCACGCGAGCUGCGCACGGCAGCUAAGAACUACUACGACAUGCUCUGGCGCGUCAAGAAGACGUCGGAUCGCUACGAGCGAUCGAUUUACGAAGACGAAGACUUGUCGCCUUUGAUUCGCGCUGAGAUUGCUCUCCACAUCCACCGACGCACGAUCGCGCUCGUGCCGCUCUUCAAAGGCUGCACCGACGACUGCCUCGCGUCCGUUGUCACGCGGCUCAAGACGCACUUGUACAACGAGAAGGACGUGAUUUUUCACCGCGGCGAGCCCGGGCGGAGCAUGCUCAUCAUUAUCCGCGGCAAGGUCAAGAUCAUCGGCCCGGACAACUCGGUCGUCGCCGUGCUCAAAGAAGGCAGCUUUUUUGGCGAAAUCGGCCUCCUUGCCAAUACGUCGCGGUCCGCGACCGCGGUGGCCGCGACGUUUUGCGAAAUGAAGAGCCUCGACCAAGUGGACGCCGAGGUCAUUUUCGCUUUGUACCCCAACAUUCUAGACCGCUUGUACCGCGAGUCGGACAAACGCAAGCGCGAGAAUAAGAACCGGUCGAGCUUCUCCAACAUAAAAGUGCUCGACAAUGCGCACGUUGUCGACAAGGAUGCGAUCGACGAGAUGACGUUCGAGCAACGAGGCGCGCCGCGGAGCCGCGUCUUUGAGCGCAGCAGCAGCGCCAAUGAAGUCCUCAAGGGCGAGCGCUCGAGCCUCAUGUUGGCAGUGAACGGCGUGCGGAGCUUGAAGAACCUCCAAAACGACAGCACGGACGACGAGCGCGCGGCAUCCCCUCCACCAAUCUCUGCAGGCUCGGGCCACGCUGUCGUCAAGGAGACCUUGUCGAGCCUCACAAGUUUGCACUUGGAUGUCGAGCGCCUCAAGGAUACGCUGCAAAUCAUUCUUAAGAACCAAACGCAGCUCAUGACGAAGCUCAACACAAUGGAGACCAAAGGCUCUGUACACAAGCGCAAGGAUGGCACCGUCGUCAAGUCCAAGGCCGCGACGGAUCGCUCGUUCAAGCUGCGUCGGCAGCGGAGCCGUGAUACGGAGGAGCUCGUCUCGAUGUACGAAGACAUUAUGAGCCCAGAAAAGCCGGUGGCACGGAUACCGCCGCCUCUGUCACGACAAGGGACCGGAAGCAUCAAGGAUUCGACUCGAAGCGGACGAGACACGAGUGAAGACGGCAAGGUGUCUGAGUACAAGAGCUCCGAUGCUUCGUAAAACGCCUCUGGCAAUAGAGAUGCAUGGUUCUAG